AAGUUACAAGUUACAAGUUACAAGUUCCGCACACAAGUGCGGGUGUGUCCGUAAAAGCCGGGGGGCCCAUGGACGUUGUAUUGGUAUUGAUGCGGGUACGCGGGAGGUCAUCUUCAUUCUCCCUCGUCCGCUUCAGGGCGAAGCGCCUCAGCGCGACGUGCCUGGCCUCCCAAAUUUCCGAGAGGUACCUGGCCAAUGCCAGGGGUGGCGCCUCAGUCAUAAUGGUGCGCAUGCUGCGCCCCGUAAGGACUAGGUCACCAUCAUACUUAGCCCUUAUGCUCUUGUAAGCGGGACAUUCUUCGAAAACAUGCAACUCAUCUUCAAUCGCUCCACAGUCACAAAGCCGGCCCGUCUUGGUUCCGGACCUGCUCGUCGCGAUGAGCUCCUUCGCGAGGCCGCUCAGCAGCACCUGCUGGCGGGGAAUGUGGAGCACAGGACUUACCCGAACUCCGCAACAUCCAAGCUCACGUCCGGCCCCUUGCCGGGGGCGCUCCGUCAUCCUCUCCCAACCAAACUAGACGCGACAUUGCCCGACGACAUUGCCCUUUACGAGUAUUACCGCAAAAUCAGGCACCGAAAAGCUGAAUUCUUUCCAACAGUCCAGAAAUACAUCUCAACCACCAGCACACCGUGCGAAAAGCCGCCCGGCUAUGGGUUCCAGAGGGUUCCAGAGGGGAUGUCGUCGGCAGGUUGGGUGCCAGCGCGGGUCCUGGGGCAAAGGCAGGACAGCUACCCAGGCUCCAGGCCAGACCAAGCGCCACAAAUUGUCAUACGCAUGUGGUUCCUGCACAUAGGCUUCUCGAGCUCCGAGGCGAGCAAGGGCUUCCGCGAACCGAAAAUUACAAUGAGCGUAUGUGCGCUUGCGGGUGUGCGGGCGAGUGUGGGUGUGAGGGCGAAGGCGCGGGCGAGGGCGCAACCCGCACCGCUGCACACAGUGGGAUACCGGAUCUAG